UAGCCCCAAGUCAUGGCGGUGAAAGCGGUCUCAAACUGGAUUGUAUUUACAGUGUGGUUUUGGACCUAAGUGAAUGUAAAUUCAUGUUUGUGAAGUUGAAGGCUUUCAAUCUUCUAGAACAUGGCCACAUAGCCCGAAAAACACACCAAAACUAUAAAUUCAUGUUUCUUGCUUAGAGUUUCCAUAACUGUCUACCACAAAAGCGGGAGAAAUGCAGGGGACAAAAUGUAGGGACGUUUGAGAAAAACUGUUAUCGUGAGCUGCCUUGGGCUCCUUUCAGGGGCAAAGGCAGGAUAGUAAUUAAAUCAAUUAAAUAAAUAAAUGGAGGACAUGACCAACUAAAACCCAAAAAUAUUAAUAAAAUUUUAACUGGAGGCCCACUAAUAUUGAUAGGCACUUACUGACCCUUAUACGAAGGCUCUAUGAUCAAACCUCCUUGAGAGUAAGAUGUGAUCAAGAAGGGCAUUUAACAGAAGGCGUUGCAGUUCAUUUCUUAAUCUCCUGCUACAAAAGAUCAGACACUCUUCGUCCUUGCUGCAGGUCUCAUCAGGCUGUGGCUAUGCUUCAUGAAAUACUCUCGCUGCUGUUAUUAAUCUUACCUGACCAUGGUCUGGCAAGGUAGUCAAGGAGCAGCCAUCAAGGACAUCAUUCUUCAUAUCCUUCUCUGCCUCCUCAUUUUCUACACAGUGUAUUAUAUGACUGGGAGCAUUUCGUGUGGACUGUUCAGGCUCAACACCUUUAGUCUACAUACACCUUUUGAAUUUAAAACAGAGCCAUCAUAUUCAGAUCCCAACUAUCUGGCAAACAUGCUGGCCAUGGAGUUCACCUUUCUCACCAGUGGUUUCCUUUUUGCACAACUCCUGAAACGAUGGGUCUGGGAUUAUGCCAUCACCGUGACUUUGGCUCACAUUCUGUUGACAUCUGCAGUGUGA